UCGCAACGCAUUCUCUCAAAUGGAUGUUACAUUGGAGAAGAAACUGCAAGGAUUUCAACUGGUAGCACAGGAAAAGUUGCAGGCUAUACUAUGUUCCAUACCAGGCAAAAAGGAGCUCAUCUUGGAGCCAGAACUGAUCAAGCCAUUGGAGCAUGUAUGCACCGCUUCCUGGCUGAAAUUGAAAGGAAUCCAGCGUAUUUACAAACACGAUGCGAAGCAACGUCUGCCACACGCCGCCGAUCAAGUGCACAUUUAUAUGAUUCGCAGUCUACUGGGCACUUAUCAAACUCUGCUUCGUCAACUGCAGCCACUGGCUAUACAGACGACUAGUGAGUCACCUGACUUGGAAUUGCGUGCAUUUCACAUAAUUUGCGUGCCCAGCUGUUAUGCGUACUUUCAUGCGCUACUCGAACAAGCGGGAUUGUGUGGUGUGGUGCAACUACAUCAUUACAACUGGGAUUUUAUAUAUCUGGACCAAGGUGUGCUUAGCCUGGAGCUACCGAAUCUCUAUGAGUGCCUUUAUCUGCAAAGCAACAGCUCUGCAUUGCCGUCUAUAGCGCAGAGUUUGCGCCUGUUGCAAAUGAUUUGUGGCCCACCCUCUGUGACUCUCACCUUUGGCAACCACUCCGCACAACUGGUGCAGUUGCUACAGGCACUAGGAACAGUGCCUCAGUCUCCAAACCCACCUGACUUCGGCGCCUGGCUAAUAAUUGACAGAGAUAAGGACUACGUAUCGACAUUACUGACACCUGCCAUUUAUGCCGGUCUGCUUUUGGAAGUCUUCCAGCUGAGUGCCGGUGAAAUUAUCGUAGACAAUGCCAACAACAAAAUACGCAGUCAAAAGCUGCAGCUGCUCCAGGGCAAAACGGAGUAUGCUCCCAAUCAAGCAAAGCCCAGUUGCCUACGCCUUAACUCCGCCUGUGAUGAGAUCUACGGGGACAAUCGUUACAAACAUUUUGCACAAGCCAGCAGCUUGGUGCGCGCCCAAGUGAAAACAUUGGGUCUAGAGCUGCAGAAACUCAACGACAUGAAGUUGGAGGAAAUGCACGACUACGUAGCACGCAAACUGCCCAAGCUGACAGAGCUAAAAGCUAAAGUAUUGCGUCAUCUAAAUGCGUCCGAAAUUGUUAUACAAAUGCUUGGCAAUUUUCGUCGGCUUCAAACGCUAGAAGAGGACAUCCUGAAUAAUGUAUCACGCAAACGCUUGCUCACCGGGAUCGAUGAGUUGCUGACAACGGAUGGACAACGUUACAAUACAUUGCGCCUGCUCUGCCUGUUACAUUUAUGCGUAGGCGUGACGCCCGAUGAAUUGCAAAGCUUUGCCCGGAAUUAUUGCAACAUGUUUGGCCACCGGGAAUUGUGUGUGUUCCAGCAGCUGGCACAGGCAGGCCUCUUGCCGGUUCUGCUACCAGAACGUAAAACAUCUGCUAAACUAUUAUCCAAUUUGCCACUGCCAAAGUUUCAGCAAACCGAAUUUCAAGCCAAUGCUAAUCGUCUGAAACUAUUGACCUCAUUUGCAGAUGCAGAACAACCGGCUGCGUCUGGCAGCGCCAGUGGCCAUCCAGCUAUCAAAUCCUGUCCUAGUUUUGUGUUCAACGGAAUGUACAUACCGCUCGCAGCGCAGCUCUGCUCCAUGCUCCUCAAUGCUAACAGCGGUGAGCAAUUAGCCACAAAACUGGCCAUGAUUGACGGCCUACACGUACAUGUGGGCGCGCAAGUGAACACGCUCAAAGCUUAUGCGGCAAAUUUAAAAAUGGCAUCAAUAGAAAGUGCUGAUGUUUUUCCACUGCGCCUGCGCAACUUGUUUGUGUUUGUGGUGGGAGGCGCAAAUUAUGCAGAGAUUGCAGCCUGUGAUUUUGUGGCCAAACUAACUGGCGCUCAAAUAACUGUGGCCUCGGAUACACUGCUAGCGGGCAGCGAUCUUAUCGCCGCUGCCUUUAAUCACUAAAUCUAUAACAAUCAA